ACAAAAAGGUAACCGAUGUCUGAAACCCAUUGACAGUACCAUUUGGCCCACAGCCAGAGCCACGGCUCCUUUAUACAAAUUUUUUAUUCUAAAUAUAGUGCUUCUGUUUUUUGAUUCAAUUGGAUGCGAGCAUGAAAUUCAAUUUGGUGCAGACACUGGUCUUCACUUUGUGCCUCAUAAGCGUGCAAAUAUAUGGCAUUCAAGAUGCCAGUGGGAAGCGGAUCGUAAGCAAGUAUGAGCGGAUAAUGCAGAUGUAUCCACAGUUGUCCUCAGGCGCAGGCGAGUCCUCGCAGUGGCGGGCGGCCGAAAAGGAUAAUACGCGGCAUCCUUGCAAGCGCGAUUGCGUUGAUAACCAACCGAUGACCUGCUACUACUACAUGGUAGUGCACUACGAUGAUACGAUGGCAGAGACCUGCAAGCGAUACCUUCAGUCUAAAUUCCGCUUCAAGCUGAAUGGGAAGGAGUACAUUGAUGGCAUAAAGCUGGCUGAUCAGUUGGCGGCGAACGAUGAUUGCAAGUACGCCGAUGGACUGGAGAGCGAGGUGAUGGUGGUGAAUGGACAGCUGCCCGGUAUGAGCAUCGAGGUGUGCUAUGGCGAUACUGUGGUGGCGGACGUGAUUAAUAGCAUGCAUGAAACGACGACGAUCCACUGGCACGGGAUGCAUCAGCGAUCGACCCCGUUCAUGGAUGGGGUGCCUCAUGUUACGCAAUAUCCGAUCGAGGCCGGUCAGGCCUUCCGGUAUCGCUUUGAGGUGGAUCACGGUGGCACAAAUUGGUGGCACAGCCACACGGAGCACCAGCGCGCCUUUGGGCUGGCAGGUCCGUUGGUUGUGCGAAUGCCACCUAAACUGAAUCCUCACGCCCAUCUCUACGACUUCGAUAUGUCGGAGCAUGUUAUAAUGAUCCAGGACUGGGUUCAUAACUUUGUGGAAAGCGUCGCCGAAAAUAUCCUAAUCAAUGGGCGAGGCAGGAACCUCAAGAAGGGCGUCAAGGCCGUCAAACCAACGCUAUAUGCCCACUUUCCGGUGGUCAGGGGAGGACGUUACCGAUUCCGUGUGAUUUUCAAUGGCGUCUCCAACUGCCCGAUUAGCCUCAGCAUCGACAACCACGACCUGGUGGUGAUUUCCAGCGAUGGCAACGACAUUGAGCCUGUAGAGGUGCAGCGCAUUAUGUUCCACGGCGCUGAGCGCUUUGAUUUUGUGCUGCACGCCAAUCAGGAGGUGGCUAACUACUGGAUCCGCGUAAAGGGCUAUAGCUUUUGCGCCAAGAACCAAUUGCACCAGGAGGCGGUAUUGCAUUACAGGGAUGCGGAUUCACGUACUCUGGACACCCACACUCUAAGCUAUGCCUAUGAUGCCCCAGGGAAGACCCUUAAUGAGCUGGGCGACGUGACAAGCAGCAGUAGUAGCAGUAUAUCUCUGGCUUCUCUCAAUGCUCAGCGACCGGAACCGGAAGUGCCGCCAUCAGUUACGUUCUACACCAGCAUGAACGCCUUUGAAGUGCGACAGGGUGAGGGAUUCCGUUUCCAGAUGGACGACAUCAGCUUCACCAUGCCUAAGAUGUCGCUGCUGCAGACACGUAAUCUGGGCGUUGGCCAAUUCUUCUGCAAUCGGUCCCAGCAGGCAGAUCUGGGCUUUAAUUGCCGGCAGCGCCAUUGUCAGUGCUCGAAUGUAAUCCAAGUGCCGGCCAAUCAGCAUGUAGAGUUUGUCAUCUCCAGUCUGUCGCAGACUCCGCAUCCGAUUCACUUGCAUGGCUACACUUUCCGGGUGGUCGGAAUGGGUGUGCUGGGUGAGCAGAAGAUUGGUCAGAUCGAGCAGAUCGACAAGAAGACGCCGUUGUCGAGGCGCGGUAAAGGUGCUCCACUUAAGGACUCGGUACAAGUGCCUGCCUUCGGCUAUACGAUCCUUAGAUUCUACUCCAAUAGUCCGGGAUACUGGAUGUUUCACUGUCAUAUCUCGCCGCACUCGGAGAACGGCAUGGCUGCAGUGGUGCGGGUGGGGGAGGAUGUCGAGAUGAAGAUGUGCCCGGUGAGUAACUGUGGAUUGUGCAGUUCGGUGGCCUAAUAAAGACAGUGUUACCUCACAUAUGAGCAAUAAAAGCGUUACCUUUAAGCUGGCAUUUAAAAAGGAU